UAAUUUUGAUUCAAUUCAAAUCAAAUCUUCAAUCGAUCGUCUUGCCGGUUUGGUGUCUGUAAAUAGUGUGUUAAAACAGAUAAAAGGAAAUAAAUACGGAAAACAAAGUUAAAUCAAUAUCAGUUUAAUUACAAAAAAUGAAACUAUUCUAAUUGUUACAUGUUCGAUUAUUGCAAUCAAAAUGUCACGAUUUCUAUCAAAGGCGGAAUUGGAAGGAUUCGAAAAAUACAAGUAUAACUCAGUGGACACAAGUAUACUCAGCAAUUAUGUUAUGCAUCCAUUUUGGAACUGGUGUGUUCAGUUUUGCCCGGUGUGGGUGGCACCAAACCUGCUAACAUUCACUGGCUUUCUACUGACGGUCCUUAAUUUUCUAUUGUUCUCUUACUAUGACUAUGGGUUCCACGCCCUCACCGAGGAGAACAUCACCAAUGAUCAUAUACCCAAUUGGGUGUGGGCCGUUACUGCCAUCAACUUGUUUGUUGCUUACACCUUAGAUGGUAUUGAUGGGAAGCAGGCGCGUCGCACGGGCACCAGCGGUCCACUGGGGGAGCUGUUCGACCACGGCCUUGACUCUUACUCAGCUGUGCUCAUACCAACCUGUCUUUAUAGCAUAUUCGGAAGGGAUGAGCUGAGUCCGCUCCGUUUCUUCUUCGUGAUCUGGAACAUCUUCAUCAACUUCUACCUGACGCACUGGGAGAAGUACAACACGGGCGUUAUGUUCCUGCCCUGGGGAUAUGACUUCACAAUGAUUGGUUCGUGUAUUCUGCUGCUGGUAACAUCUGCAGUAGGCCCCCGCACUUGGCACGCGCCGCUGCCCGGCGGUCUCUCCCCGGGCUUCCUCUUCGAGCUCGUGCUCUACUUCUCCGCCAUACUCACCAGUCAGACUGUCAUACUCUGGAAUAUAUACAAGUCCUACCGGGAUGGUACAGGUAAGAUGCGUCCGUUGUGGGAGGCGGUGCGCCCGCUGGUACCUCUCGCGAUUUUCUUCGUGCUCAGUUCUGCAUGGGCGUUGUACUCGCCCAAUGACAUCAUCAACCGUGGACCCAGGCUGUUUUACAUCCUCACGGGCACCAUCUUCUCUAAUAUCAACUGUCGCCUGAUCGUGUCACAAAUGAGCGACACGAGAUGCGAAGUGUCGAAUGGUCUGUUGGUGCCGUACGCGUGCGCGGUGACGCUGGCGCUGUGCGGGACACUCUCGCCCAUGAGCGAGCUGCUCCUGCUGGCGGGACUCUGCGCCGCCGUCACCGCCGCACAUCUCUACUACGCCACCAGACUCGUUCAAGAGAUGUGCGAACACUUCAAUAUUGCGUGCUUCCAUAUAAAACCAAAGAUAAAAUAGAAUUAUGUUGCCAGUAUCAAAUUAAUUCCUACAAAGUUGG